CCCUCGUCCGGACAGCAAGAGACAGCCCUCGUCCAGGACCAGCAGAGAGACAGCCCUCGUCCGGGAUCAGCAGAGAGAGGAAUUGAUUUUGACACCCCUGCGUUAUGGCAUUGCAAUACUGUAUGACCACAGUACAAACUGUAAUAUAUGUAGAGGACCUGUGGAACCUCCCUAGUGGAAUCCUGAAUCACUGUGGAACCUUCUUAGUGGAAUCCUGAAUCACUGUGGAACCUUCCUAGUGGAAUCCUGAAUCACUGUGGAACCUUCCUAGUGGAAUCCUGAAUCACUGUGGAACCUUCUUAGUGGAAUCCUGAAUCACUGUGGAACCUUCUUAGUGGAAUCCUGAAUCACUGUGGAACCUUCCUAGUGGAAUCCUGUAUCACUGUGGAACCUUCCUAGUGGAAUCCUGUAUCACUGUGGAACCUAGAACUAUCCUGCCUGGAAUCCUCCAUCUCUACCCUGAACUGUUGAAUACGUUCUAGAACAGGUUCUAGAGUCAGAAUGGGUUCUACUGUUCCUGUUUCGUCCGUGUUGUUCGUACUGCUGCUGUUCCACACCUCCACAGUGGGACAGUGUCAGAGCCACGGCAGCGUGACAGGAAGUCUCCCUGUCUCAGACCUCUAUCCAGCCUUCCACAGUACAGACACCCCCCUGGGUCUGCUACUGGACCCCCAAGACCCCUCCUCAUCCCUGGGACUGAUACAAGACACCACAUCCCUGGACCUCCGUGUCCACAUCUCAUCCACACCCUCGCCCGACUCUGACCGUGGACACCAACAUCUCAAACACGGACGCCAUCACUCGUCCUCCAACACGUCGUCCUGGGGAAUACGUGUCCAGCCUGUAGUACCUCCUGUCUGCCACCAGGUGACCUUCAUAAAGACAGCUUUUAAAUACAUAAACACAGUGAUUAGCUGUGUGAUAUUCAUGGUAGGCAUGGUGGGAAACGCCACUCUACUGAGGAUUAUCUACCUGAAUAAGACGAUGAGAAACGGACCCAACGCCCUGAUCGCCAGCCUGGCUCUGGGGGACCUGAUCUAUAUCACGAUAGAUAUACCCAUCAACGUUUAUAAGGUAAACAAAAAUUACAGAUGCCGUAUCUUAAUUUGAUGAUCUUGAUUUUUUCCUGCACAGCAAGAAAUGCAAACUUUUUAGUGUAUUCAAGGUUUUUACCCCCCCCCCAAAAAAGGCUUGUAAAGUCUGUAAUUUCCACUUUGACAUGCCUGACUUGAUUUGUCCUCACGAAAUAUGUAUCAACCCCGACAAACAUGUCCAUGAAUUAUACUCAGCGUUUC